AUGUAUAUUGCUAUUUUUCAGUAUUUUCGGAAACGAUCCAACUCCAAGUUUUGUGGUAGCUUCUUGCAAAAUGUUACUGAAUCAAUAAGAGAAAAUGAACAAAAUUAUAAGAAAACUAUAAAUAAUAAGCUUAUUGGUUUGGAGCCAUCUGAAAAUAUCUCGGAUAUUUGCGAUGCUUCAUUGUUCAAUACUUCUACUGAUGAUUUUAAGAAUUUGUCGAAUCAAUAUCCAUUUUAUAUUUUUCAAUUUUGUCACUGCUUUCCGCCUUUAACUUUAACAGGUGCUCAAAGAUAUAAAAUGUCAUUGAAAAAAGCAAUGGCCGAGUCUUCAGAAUGGAAUAAAAUCUUUCCAAUAAAAUACUGGUACGGAGGUUUAAAAAACUACAAAUGUUGGAAAGAAGUGGAUCGUCAUCUAGUUUACAGUCUAUGUGGAGAAGCAACUGCAUUUGAAAUAAACUACGAAGAGGCACGUCUCGCCGAUUGUUUAGAAAAUGCGACACAACGUCCAUCUGAUUGCUUCAGUUUGUAUGUUCAAAACUUGGAGAAAACAACCAAUAGAAGCAAUACUUCGAAGGAUUGCUUGAGAUACUUCAAUUUUAUGAUGACUUAUCUUUCUAAUUCCUCAAAAUCCUCUUUUGACAUAAUCAUUGCAAGCAGCACUCAACGACACAAAGUUGUGGGGAAUGGUUGA